AUGGCUUCGACUACUGGCUCAUCGCUCCACAACGGCGCAGACGUCGAGAAGACUGCUGGCGUCCACAACGCCGCCAACGGCGCGCACGGCCAGCACGGCGUUACUGGCGUCUCGACUGGCUCGCCUGCGUACGCAUCGCAGGAGGGCGGUGCGCCGUUCAACUUGCGCAACAUCACUCCUGGCGGACACCCGCUCGACCGCAGCCAGCCCGCGUUCCCGACUUACCACCGUCGCUUCGCCAACCCUGCACCGUUGGGACUCUGCGGUUUCGCCCUUACGACGUUCAUGCUCUCGCUCAUCAACGUCAAGACCCGCGGAGUGACCGUUCCCAAUGUCGUCGUUGGACCGGCCUUGUUCUACGGCGGUCUUGCCCAGCUUCUCGCAGGCAUGUGGGAGUUCGCGACUGGCAACACCUUCGGUGCCACAGCCUUUUCGUCCUACGGCGCCUUCUGGCUCGCCUACGCCUUCAUCGUCUCGCCAUGGUCGGGAAUCGCCUCGUCGUACGAGGCCAAGACCAUGUUCGGCAACGGUGUCGCCUUCUUCCUCUGGGGAUGGUUCAUCUUCACCUUCAUCAUGCUCCUCGCGUCGCUCCGCUCGUCGAUCGCCCUCACGGGAGUCUUCUUCUUCCUCACCAUCACCUUCCUGCUCCUCGGUAUCGCUGAGCUCGGCGUCGGCAACGCGUCGGCCAUCCAGACCGCCGGAGGCGCCUUCGGACUCAUCACGGCGUUUAACGCCUGGUACGUUGCGGCCGCGAACUUGAUGACGCCUGACCAAAGUUAUUUCGUACUUCCUGUGGGCGAUAUGUCGAAGAAGGACGUGAUGAACGUCCUCCGCAAGGUCUCGCCGACGUUGCUCGCCUCUCGCUCCCUCAUCCUCACUUUUCCGGCUCUCGCGACCUAA